AUGGAGAAGAAACCAGGAAUUCUACGCUGGGACAAGAUAAAGGGUUCUGUGGGUGAUGACGGACAAUCAAGAAAACAAAACGGUGUUUCUGGAAACAUUUCAGGGAACGGAACGGAAUUCCCCGUCCCUGUUGAAACACCAACAGAAACGGAAAAUCAUCUGGAUAGGACUACAAGAUACACCGCUUCUGCGCCAACCGAUUCGCUUUCAAAAGACCAAAUCUCAAAUGAUUCUGGAUUUUCCGCAGAACAGAAACAAAUUCAGAGUAAUGAAAUUGACUCUGAUGACACCCCGCUUCAUGGAAAUUCUAAUAUUGUUAAUAAUGAAAAGUCUGCUCCCACCGAGACGGGUGGAACACAUUUGCACAACAUUAAUAAGGAUGUAACGCAACGUCUAUCUGAUUAUAAUGAAAAGGUCACAAAUGACAAAGUACCACAAAUGACAAAUGGUGCUGAUGCAUCAAACAAAGAAAUAGACAAAUUUAAAGACAAUGCUCUAGAAUGGGAUCCUUUGUGUAACGACUCGAACCAAAAAGGUGAAACGCCCGAAACUGGUGAUACUACUGAAGAUGCUCAUCAAACAAAAUUCACGGAAUCCAGCGAAAGUCACGAGAAACAAGAUGAGUUCAGCAGAAAACAUGAAAGAACGUUUCGACUGUAUAAAAGUAAAUACUUUGAUAUCAACUAUGUUCCUCAACAAGGAAGACAUGACAAGAUAAGAUUGUCUCCGGUGUCAGCAUUCAUCCUAGGAGCUAUAAACUCUUCAGUCAAAGUAGAAACACUUUAUGAAAAGGACAGGAUUAUCGGAUAUAAUGCACUGUAA